GACAGAAUCUACUGACUGUUAUCAGUGAGUUGACAGAACUGAACAGUGCAAGAUGCUCAUCAAGGCAAUCCUUCCUUUAUCGAUAUUUUUCGCCAUCGGCUACGGUGGCCAGGUUAACACGCAGUCUCUUGGAUACUUGACCCAGCAACAUCAUCCAGCUCCCUCUGUCAUCAACACUGUUCAAACAGUUCAAGUUCCCCAUCCUGUACCUGUUCCUGUCCCGCAACCAGUUCCUGUUCCACAGCCUAUUCCAAUUCAAGUACAGGUAGAAUCCAUCGAUCCUUACCCUCAGUACAACUUCGCUUAUUCAGUGAAUGACUUCCAAACUGGCGAUUCCAAGAGUCAGCACGAAACUAGAAACGGGGAUGUUGUUAGGGGACAAUACAGUGUGAGUGACCCCGAUGGUACUAGAAGAACGGUUGACUACUCAGCAGACCCACAAAAUGGUUUCAAUGCUGUUGUUCAGAGAACCCAGAUCAGUCAGCAUCCUCAGCAACUUCUGUCGACUGCACAUUAAAAUUUUAAUUCCAAUAUUUCGAUCCCACUGGUGGCACUGUUUAGCUCCUACUGUACAAUAUCUUCCUGUUCCUUAAAACUUUCUAUACUGCCUGUAUAUAUCGAAAUGUAAUUAACUCUAUUUUUAGCACAUAAUGUAUUCAGUUUUAUUUGCAAUAAAUUGUUCUUAUAUCGAA